CCUCCGCCUCCCGUCUCCUCCCCUCGGUGGCGGCGGUGCCGCGGGGCUCUGGUGCCGCUCCUCAGAUGGGGCUCGUCCUGCCGCAGGAACAGCGCUGCCGCUCUCCCGCCCGCGGCUGACAGCGACCGGCGCGGCCCGAGCGGGCUGUCCGCCGCCGGCGGCUGGCAGGAAAAGGAAUGAAGAAAAUGAGCAACAUCUAUGAGUCAGCAGCCAACACCCUGGGAAUCUUCAACAGCCCAUGCCUGACUAAAGUGGAGCUGCGAGUGGCAUGCAAGGGGAUCUCAGACAGGGAUGCCCUCUCGAAACCAGACCCUUGUGUCAUCCUCAAAAUGCAGUCCCAUGGCCAGUGGUUUGAGGUGGACAGGACAGAAGUGAUUCGGACCUGUAUAAAUCCUGUCUUCUCCAAGCUCUUCACCGUGGACUUCUAUUUUGAAGAGGUGCAGCGGUUGCGGUUUGAGGUCCACGACAUCAGCAGCAAUCACAAUGGGCUGAAGGAAGCAGAUUUUCUUGGUGGCAUGGAGUGCACUCUUGGACAAAUUGUUUCUCAGAGGAAACUCUCCAAGUCCUUACUCAAGCAUGGGAACACAGCAGGGAAGUCAUCUAUAACAGUGAUUGCUGAGGAGCUGUCUGGCAACGAUGACUACGUCGAACUUUCCUUCAGUGCACGGAAGCUGGAUGACAAGGAUUUUUUCAGCAAAUCUGAUCCUUUUCUGGAGAUCUUCCGGAUGAAUGAUGAUGCAACCCAACAACUUGUUCACAGGACUGAGGUUGUGAUGAAUAACUUAAAUCCAGCGUGGAAGACCUUUAAAGUGUCUGUAAAUUCUCUGUGCAGUGGAGACCAGGACCGCAGGCUGAAGUGCAUUGUUUGGGACUGGGAUUCCAAUGGCAAGCACGACUUCAUUGGAGAAUUUAGCUCAACUUUCAAGGAAAUGAGAGGAGCUAUGGAAGGAAGACAGGUGCAAUGGGAAUGCAUCAACCCCAAGUACAAAGCAAAGAAGAAGAAUUACAAGAACUCAGGCAUUGUCAUCCUCAACCAGUGCAAGAUCCACAAGAUGCACUCAUUCCUAGAUUAUAUCAUGGGAGGCUGCCAAAUACAGUUUACAGUGGCUAUCGAUUUCACCGCAUCAAACGGCGAUCCACGCAACAGCUGCUCACUGCACUACAUCCACCCCUACCAGCCCAACGAGUAUCUGAAAGCCUUGGUAGCUGUCGGGGAGAUCUGCCAGGACUAUGACAGUGACAAAAUGUUCCCAGCCUUUGGAUUUGGUGCAAGGAUACCCCCAGAAUACAAAGUAUCUCAUGAUUUUGCAAUCAAUUUCAAUGAAGACAACCCAGAAUGUGCAGGCAUACAAGGUGUUGUGGAGGCUUACCAGAGCUGCCUGCCCAAGCUGCAGCUGUACGGGCCCACCAACAUCGCUCCCAUCAUCCAGAAGGUGGCCAAGUCAGCCUCUGAAGAGACCAACACCAAGGAGGCCUCGCAAUAUUUCAUCCUGCUGAUCCUGACGGACGGCGUCAUCACGGACAUGGCAGACACCAGGGAGGCCAUCGUCCACGCCUCGCACCUCCCCAUGUCCGUCAUCAUCGUCGGCGUGGGCAACGCCGAUUUUAGCGACAUGCAGAUGCUGGAUGGCGACGAUGGGAUCCUGAGGUCUCCCAAGGGCGAGCCUGUGCUUCGAGACAUCGUCCAGUUCGUGCCCUUUAGGAACUUCAAGCACGCAUCCCCAGCUGCUCUGGCAAAAAGCGUUUUGGCUGAAGUUCCAAACCAAGUCGUGGACUAUUACAAUGGCAAAGGGAUAAAGCCAAAGUGCAUGUCUGAGUACGAGUCUUCCAGGACACUAGCUCCAUGAACCUGCCUGCACUCUUUUACAAAGUCAAG